CAGCACACAAACAAUAAAUCAGGAUUUACCCAGCUGCGCGUGUUACAGGUUCUGUGCCGGGCCCCAGGGGCCACACGGCUCCUGCAUCUUCAACCCCCAGCCAGCAUGCAGGGGUCCCAGGGCAGGGACCCCGCUAAGGAGAGGAGAUACUCCGACCUCUUCCAGCAGCUGGACUCCAAUGGAGAUGGACAGGUGGACAUCAACGAGCUGAGAGAGGGGCUGAGGGCCAUGGGCAUGAACCCCAGCCAGAAUGCAGAGCAAGAAAUUCUCCGCGCUGGAGACACAGAUCAAGAUGGACAACUGGACUUCAACGAAUUCACAAACUACUUGGAGGAGCGUGAGCGGCGCCUCCUUCUGAUGUUCGAUAGCCUGGACCGCAACCAUGAUGGGCGCAUCGAUGUGUCUGAGAUCCAGCAAUGUUUCCACAGCCUCGGGGUUUCAAUAACACUUGGCCAGGCCAAGAAGAUCCUCCAAAGUAUGGACCGCGACGGCACACUGACAAUCGAUUGGCUCGAGUGGAGGGAUCACUUUCUGUUCAAUCCAUUGCACAAUAUGGAGGAUGUAGUCACCUAUUGGAAGCACUCGUCGAUGCUGGAUAUAGGAGAGUCACUGGCAGUUCCUGAUGAGUUCUCGAAGAAAGAGAUUCACUCCGGAAUGUGGUGGAAGCAACUCCUGGCUGGUGGGGUAGCCGGAGCUGUGUCAAGAACCGGAACUGCUCCAUUGGACCGACUAAAAGUUCUCAUGCAGGUUCAUGGUUCUCAAACUCAGGGUCGCUCCAUGUGGAAAGGUCUUAUGGAGAUGAUAAAGGAAGGUGGCAUUCGCUCACUGUGGCGUGGAAAUGGCAUAAAUGUCUUGAAGAUUGCACCUGAAUCUGGCAUCAAAUUCAUGGCAUAUGAACAGAUCAAGAAGCUGAUCCGUGGGCAACAUGAGACUCUGCGGGUUAGAGAGAGAUUCGUUGCUGGCUCAUUGGCUGGAGCCAUUGCCCAAACAGCAAUUUAUCCAAUGGAGGUGCUAAAAACAAGGCUGGCUCUUCGCCGGACUGGACAGUACUCGGGGAUGGCAGACUGUGCCCGACACAUUCUUCGAACUGAGGGCAUUAGAGCAUUUUCAAAGGGCUACCUCCCCAACCUGCUGGGUAUUGUGCCUUAUGCGGGUAUCGAUUUGGCCGUGUAUGAGACGCUGAAGAACACAUGGUUGCAGAGGUACAGAGCUGGAACCAGCGCAGACCCAGGAGUACUCGUGUUAUUAGCGUGCGGGACGAUGUCCAGUACAUGUGGGCAGAUUGCCAGUUACCCACUCGCCCUGGUCCGGACACGCAUGCAAGCGCAGGCUUCUAUAGCGGGCUCUCCUCAGCUCUCCAUGGUUGCCCUGUUCCGACAUAUCGUGGCACGGGAAGGUUUCUUUGGUCUGUACCGCGGCAUUGCACCAAACUUCAUGAAAGUGAUCCCAGCAGUUAGCAUCAGCUACGUGGUGUAUGAGAAUAUGAAACGUGUUCUCGGUGUGACCAGCCGGUGAGAAGACUAGAUGCCCAUAGAUCAUAUCAACCUUUAAAGACCACAACAUUCAUGAAUAUAAAGCCCAAAAAAACUUGAUAAUGGGAAGCCACAAGGGCUAAGAUCUGGUUCUACUGUCAUGAUCCACCUAUCCCAAAUACUAAGUUUUUAGGACCACAGAAGAUGACCAGGAUAAGCCCAUUUUACGGGUAAUUAAAGCCCUUACCACAAGUUGUCUUGCACCAUGCUGCCCGUCUCCCUGCUUUCUGGGGUUGCACUGAGAUUUUUGGGCCACCACAUGCAUAGACAUUUUUGGGGUGUCCUUGCUAAUGCUGCCGUGUUCCUUCACACACUAAGAAGGGAAGCAUGAUAGAGAUGGACUACCUAUCUACCCUCAUCCUCCUUCGCCUGAUCCCAUGAGCUUGCAUCAAUGAAUGUCACUUUAAUGAUUGUAUGUCUUGCAUGGUAUGGAAUUUGCCUUUACGUUAGGGUAGGGGGGUCCUAUCUGGCCCUUCAGUCCUUGCGUUGGGGUUUUGUAAUGAGGAUGUGUGUACUGACCACUCACCUUUUGAAUGUAUAUCUGAAUUGUAAAUGUAGGUUAUUUGGCAGCUGCACUGCAUUGUGGGACUUCCAGUAGAGGAGGCAUAAUUUAAUGCUCUCUUUAAUAUUAUUCAGUAGUCGCCCACACACUGUAUAGUCUCUCUAAGCCAGUGGUCUCCAGCCUUUCAUAAGAUUGUCCAUUUAGUUUUAAGGAAGUGGAGCUAGAUUCCAUAAAAAAUAAUGGUGUAAUACAACAAUGCAGUGUUUGGGCAGAUCUAUGACCUGUGCUGUGCAUUGUGGCCUCCAAACAUCACACAGAAGGAGCAUCUAUAUUUCCCCCCACUGCUUUGCAAAGGAGAAAGAUCUGAACCUCACUAUGCAACAGAUCUCCCUGGCUGCAUUCAUUAGUCCUUCUGUGGCCCACUAACAAAAUGUUAGCAUAUGGCAUCAUGUUCUAAAACAGUAUAGCUCAGUGGGUAAACGUGCAGGCUAUAAUCUGUCUUUACAGGGAGAUUGCUGAUUGGCAUUUUAAUAACUAGAGAACAAGAAGGCUGGGACGUCUCUACUUGGCCACCAAGAAUGAGGCUUAGCAAGUUCUCUCCUCCAGGAAUUCAUAGUGUGUUAUUUUUGUUUUUGUUUUUAAUUAAUUGGAGUUGUAGAGAAGCGCUAGGGUCCACAGUCAUGUUCUACACACAGACAAAAUUCUUGUAGCCCACUGUUUGGACAGCCCAUGUCUAGAAGAUGUAAAGGAACAUUUUAGGCACCAUAACUACUUCAUUGCAAUAAUGUUGUUAUGGUGCCAGGAGGUCCCUUCUUACCUUUUAGUAGUUAAACCAUUCACAAAUGGUCAAAAUCUUAAAUCAAGUACCGUUUAGCCCUGCCCUUCCACUACGCUCUGAUUCUUUAAAUAGGAAGCCCCGGACAAGGGCCCCACUAACACUCUAAAUCAGUAGCCCAAACAUUUGCAAAAAAAUUUUUUAAAGCCGUUUUAAUGAAUGGGGAGCUAUUGAUUGGUUAGAGUAUCAGCUCUCAGCCAAUCAGCUGUGCCCCUGUCCGAGGCGUUAUGAUUCAAGAAUCGGGGAGAUGAAGAAGUAAAUGGGCAGAGCUAAAAAAAACGCUGGAUUCAAGACUUGGUGUCAAACUGUUAAUGAACGGUAUAACCCCUAAAGAUAAGCCUGCGCCAGGGAUCUCCUGGCACCAUAACAACUUCAUUCUAAUAAAGUUAUUAUGGUGCCCAGAGUGUUCCUUUAUAUAUGUCUAUUGAGAAGAAUGAUUGUGAAUGUUUAAACCAAUGCCUUUGAAGAAGGCUGAGUGAUGUGAUAUGUUUUGGUUACGCCAUCAAAAAAAUAGUUUUUAGCACAUUAUUAAUCUACAGUUUAGUGGUAUGUGAAUGUAUUUAUUAAGAUGAUUUCUGACUGAUAUCAGAGGGUUGCUAAGGUGCUGAACAAACUUUAAUUUAGGUUAAUUUCCAUUAAAAUGUUUGUUUUUUGUGAUACUACUGUUUCUAGAAAUAAUUAUACAUCAACUUUACUGUAUGUGGCACAACCAGGCUCACAAAUUGCUCAAUUUACGUCUUAUGUCUUGAAAAGCAGUACAUUAAAUGGAAACUUGUUCUGCAA